ACAUGGCUUGUGGUAUUGCCGAGGGAACGUAUCUCAUAGAAAAUGUCGAAACAUACCGUUACUUGUUCCAAGACGGCCCUGGAAUAAAAGGAAACCGAGGAGACGAAGGUGGUUGGUUAUCUUUCUCUGGCUAUGAAGCGCCUAAUGUUGUGGGAGCCGAUGCGAAUUACUACAACCGAGCCUACUGGAAAAUUAUUUCACAGGGUGAAGAGAAAUACUUCAUAGAGAACGUCGAAACAAAGAGGUAUUUGUUUUCAACUGGUGCAAAACUUGAAGGCGGUCGUGGAGGCGAAGGAGGCUGGACCAAAGCACCUAAAAUUGUGGGAGCGGAUGCCAAUUACUACAAUCGAGCGUACUGGAAAAUCAUCCCACAAGGAGAUGGCAAAUACUUCAUUGAAAACGUGGUGACGCGCAGAUAUAUCUUUCAAGAUGGCUCCGAAGUGAAAGGAAACCGUGGAGGAGAAGGAGGAUGGAAGGCUUCCUCGGGUUUUGAAGCUCCAACUGUUGUUGGUGCUGAUGCAAAUUAUUACAACCGCGCCUACUGGAAACUACAAAAGCAGUAGGCUGACUAUAAACGUGGAACUGUGACUUUUAUUUAGUUCUCUCUUUCUCAGUAACAAAUAUUUCAAAAGUAGUAGUUGGUUUUAAUUCAAGUAGAUUGAUCUAUGAGAUGCGCUGGACAUAUGAAGCUGUGCACGGAGUUUUACAGUGAAGAGGACAAUAGCAGCCAAAUCAAUUCAAUGGCAUCGUUUCUGAUCAAACGCUCUUAUGAGAUGUGGUAAAUCUUAAUCAAUCAAUAAAGUGGUGAAACUUUAA